AUGUUUAGUAUGUGGAAAGUGCGAGAAAUCGCAGAUAAAGUAACCAAUGUGGUUAUGAAUUAUACUGAAAUAGAAGCCAAAGUUAGGGAAGCAACAAAUGAUGAUGCUUGGGGUCCAACAGGUGCUCUUAUGCAAGAAAUAGCUCAGGCAACUUUUACAUUUAAAAAUUUUCCCGAAGUUAUGUGUAUGUUAUGGAAAAGAAUGCUUCAAGAUAAUAAAACUAAUUGGAGAAGAACUUAUAAAAGUUUAUUAUUGUUAAAUUAUCUUAUAAGAAAUGGGUCUGAAAGAGUGGUUUCUUCGUCAAGAGAACAUAUUUACGAUUUAAGAUCAUUAGAAAAUUAUACAUAUUUAGAUGAAUAUGGUAAAGAUCAGGGGAUUAAUGUUAGACAUAAAGUUAGAGAACUAAUUGAAUUUAUACAAGAUGAUGAUAGGUUAAGAGAAGAAAGGAAAAAGGCCAAGAAAAAUAAAGAUAAAUAUGUCGGACUUUCAAGCGAUGCAGGGCUAGGCGGAAGAUAUGGCAGAGAAAGGUGGGAUGAUUUAGGAAGAAAUGAUUGGGAAUCUGAAAAAAGGCAUUCAGGUGGAUUUCAGGAUUCAACUUACAAUAGCGAUGAAGGUGAAAAAUAUGAUUCGGAUGGUGAUACAAAUGACUAUAACAGGUCACCGAAAAUUUACAAAGAUACUUGUGAUACAUUCAGUAUAGAAUCGAGCAAACAAAAAAUAGAUGUUAAAAAUAAUAUCAAUUCUAGCAUUAAUUCUCCGUCGAAAUUAGUUAAAACUGUUAAAAAAAUUGAUUUGGGUGCUGCUGCCAAUUACGUAGGAGAAUCAAGCAACAACAACAACAAUAACAAUAAUAACAAUAAUAAUAAUAAUAAUAAAGCGAAUAUCGAUUUAUUUAACUUACACGACGAUGAUUUCAAUCCUCGAGCUUCGGAUGCUCAAGAAUUUGGAAAUUUCGAAAGUGCUUUUUCUGAUAAAAAUUCUUCAAGUGUGCCGGAAAAUAAAACUAAAAGUGACGAAUUCGCGGAUUUCGCUUUUGCAUUUACUGAUAACAAUCAAGUGGCAAUCAAACCUAAUAACAAUAACAGCAACAAUAGUAAUACCAAUGCUCCUUUUGGCAAUUUGGAUUCCACAUCUAAUUCCAAUCAACUUAAUUUCAUACAAAAUGCCUUAUCUCCAUCAACCGUUAAAAAUUCAAAUGCUGAUUUAUUAAUGGGGAUGCAACAUACCUCAAAUAAUACUACAGGACAAACAUUUUCAGCGAAAAGUCUUUUAGAUGGUGUUGAUCAAGUGGCAGAUUCAAUCGGAAGUGAAUCAAGAUCGUUUGCUGGUUGUAUUGAUUUGCAUAAAACGGAAGAAACGUUAAAUCAUCUUGUGAAAGAGAAUUUAGAUAAAAAAUACGCUGCAUUUUCUAAACUCAUCGAUAAAAUUAACGAUAAUUCCAUUUCAGAAGAACAAUUUGAGGGAAAACAACUCGUGCAACAUUUGAAAUAUUUUUUAAAUCUCUUACCAGGCCAACUCACACCGCAAAAAAUAACAGGAAUCGAUUCCGAUUCGAAUGAAACCACGUAUUUCGUUCAAAAAUAUUACGAAAAAAUUGCUCAGUACCUGAUCGAAAAUAUCAAAAUAAUUUUAAAUUGUAACUCGCCAGAACUCAACCAUCUUGUUUUGAAAUUUUUUGCCGUCGAUGGAGGAAACAUUAAAAUUUUGAGUACCGUCAUGUUCAUUCUUGUUCACGGCAUCAAAAUCACAAAAUUUCCUAGCAGUUCGAUGGAUUACAUUUUAAAAAUUUGUCAUCGCGUUGUAAAAAGUGAUUUAAUAUCGUCUUCCAUUAUUCAGUCGUGCGUAAAAGGAAAUCCAUCGAAUUUGGAUGAAUUUUGUAAUGUUUUCCAUUCGGUUCUAUCAUUACCCGACAUAAUAACGAAUCAAACGAAGGGGAAACAUUGCGCUUUUCCAAACGAGGAAUUUUCCAAUGCUAUGUUUUUCCACGCCGGAAACAGCAUAAAAAUUUUGUCCGAAAUUAAUGAGUAUUUUUCGGAUGAUGAAAAAGAAAUGAUGAAUAUCAAGAGCCUUUCGUUUUUCCUGUCGAAAAUUUUAACUCGUUUGUCUCGAACUUCUCAAGGAUUGUUUAAUUUAAUACAAGUUUUAAACAUUUGGUGUGCGAAUAAUUUGGAAAUAAGACACGUACUAUUCGAUGCGUUAUCAAAUUUAAAUAAAUCCGGUGCUCAGUCGAUUAGUUUUCACAUUUUAUGCAUGAGUAAAUCUCCUAAAAAUGUGCACAACGUGUUAAAUGAUAUCGUUACGAAAGUUCCAGAGUACAAGCACAUAUUCAUAUCGAAAUUUCCACUUUUGAAUUAUUUCGACGAUGUACGGUAUCCCGAGUUUGUGACCAACCUGAUCGGAUACCUGUUUUUAGCGAAUAAAAAAUUACUUUACGAUCUCGUAAUUCAAGUGAUAAAAGUUUGGUCGAAUAAGGUUGCUGUUCAUAACACUCCAUCGGCACAACACUACUACUUGACAAAAUUAAUAAUAACGGGUGGACUUUUUUUAGAGGGUGUUUGUUCUUCGGACGAAAAAGACGAAAUACGAAAACUUCUUUUCACCGGAGUUCCCGUACAUUUGGAAUCAUGCGAUGAAGAAAUUCGCGGAUUGGGAAUGAUCACAGCUGAAAUAUUAAUACCUAAAUUUAUGAAUGUGAAAGCGGAAACGGAAUUGAAAUUCACUUACGAUAUAUUUAAUUCGCACACGCAAAAGUUAAUCAGUAAUCUAAGAAAUAUCGAUGUUGAAAUUGUCGAAAUGAAACCGGAAGGAGAUGGCGACGAUCAACUUUUGACUUUGUUGGGAAAAAAGGAGGAAUCAGUGGGAGAAGUUUUACCUUUGAAAGAGGAAACGUUUGAAACGAAACUAAAUAACGUUGCCCUGGACUCCCGUGAUAAUAAUAUCGAGAAAGAAUCGACUGAUAACGAGCCUAAUAAUUAUGAAGAUGAUGAUUUGGACAGCGAUGAUGAUCUUGUACCCUACGACACAUCAAACGACGUGAAAUCCUUUAAGGUUUCCCCACCGUUAUACCUGAGAGAUUUAAUCGAUAUUUUAGCCGAUCGACAAAAUGUGGAAAAAUUUUGCGUCGGUUUUGAAAACGCUCAAAAUCUCAUAAUGUCACAAUUGUCCAACGACGACCCCGAAAUCGGAAUCGAAUUGAUUCAAUUGUUUAUAUCUCUCGACGAUUCUUACGGCAUUGAAAAUUUUCUAACAAUCAAAUUUAGUUGUUGCGUUGAAAUAAUAUGUUCGUAUCCGAUUCAAGGUGCCGAAUACGUGUGCAAAGAAUUCAAUGCCGCGUUGAAUAAAUAUUCCGUAUCCGAUAGAUUAUUCAUGUUGGACAUAUUAUCGGCAUCCGCGAAAAAGUUAUCGGAAUCCGCGGAAAACCCAAAUCACCAAAGCAAAGUCGAUCGAAAAGUCGGGAAGAAGGAAAAAGAAUGGGAACUCGUCGUCAAAGAAAGAAUCAUGUCAAACACGAGAAGAUUUAUUUCCGGGAAAGGAAAACGAGUCGCGACGACUUAUAAAAAUAAUUUUCACGACGUGGCGGGUUAUUUUUUUUUCCCCCUGGUCAAAGACUACGGAAUCGGAAAAUUAACGUUUUCCAAAUUGGAAAAAAUCGACACGAUUCGAGACGAAGUUUUGAUUCUGACGAAAUUUUUAAACGCGGUGUCCGUAAUUAUGUACUGCAGUAAAAAUGCUCCGAUAUCACUUAGAAUAGCCAAAGAAGUUUUGGAAUUGGUAUGGACUCUGAGGUUUCACGAAGAGGGUAAAGUGAGGCUGGGAGCCAUGAUGUGCAUUGCGAGUGUUUUUUUAGCCGCACCCAAAGUCAAUUUAAUGGAUGAUUUACUCGUGCAAAUGCUCAACUACAGAGAUUGGUUGCUUUGUGUUAGCACUACGGAUCCCGACAGCGAUUGCAGAUCGUUUGCCAUGCAAUUGUGCCUGUUAAUUAAAGACCUUGAAUUUGAAUAA